AUGACGGAUACAACAACGACCGCCGCCGGCGACCUGAUCAGCUCCCUGCCGGACUGCCUCCUCACGAGCAUCCUAUCCCUCCUCCCAAUCGACGCCGCCGCGCGCACCACAGCACUAUCCUCCCCCUGGCGCCGCCUCUGGCCUUCCACCCCGCUCCACCUCAUCGACUCGCACCUCCGGCGCCCUUCCGGCGACGCCAUCUCCCACAUCCUCGCCUCCCACCGCUGCAACGCCGUCCGCUUCCAGCUCCUCCUCACCCGCCCCUCCGCCGCCGACCUCGACUCCUGGCUCCAAGCCCUCGCGCUCAAACACCUCCAACAUCUCACCCUAGCGCCGCCCUCCGAGCCCCUGCUCCUCCCGCCCUCCUUCCACGCCUGCCGCGCCCUCACCGCCGCCGACCUCACCAACUGCCGCCUCCCCGCCGCCGCCGCCUCCGCCGUCUCCUUCCCGCACCUCGCCAAUUUCACCCUCCGACACGCCUACGUGUCCCCCCUCGCGCUGCACGGCCUGCUCGCCGGCUGCCCCGCGCUCGCCAGCCUGUCGCUGGACCGCGUCUUCGGCUGCCGGACCCUCCGCGUGCGCUCCCGGAGCCUGCGCAGCCUCACGGUGUCGGUCUCGCUGGCGCGGCGCCUGUUGGAGGCCCACGAGCUCGAGCUCGAGGACCUCGUCGUCGAGGAUGCGCCGGUCCUGGAGAGGCUGCUCGCGCACGACGUCAACUGGGGGCCGUCGUUGCACGUCGUCCACGCUCCCAGGCUCGAGACGCUCGGGUACCUGGGGGUCGGCAUCCCGUCGCUGCAGCUCGGUUCGGCCUUGUUCCACGCAAUGCGUGCUGUUAGACUGCCGGCGCCGGCGGAGUUCCGAACGGUGAAGACGCUGGCGCUAGAGAUGGUGGAUCCGCAGGUUAAACCUGUGGUUGACUUCCUCAAGUGUUUUCCAUGCCUGGAAGCUCUUCAUAUCACGUCUCAUAUGGUCAUGCCGCGGAGCAUGGAAACGAUGAACAGCGAUACAACAGGUCAUCUGACUGAAUGCCUUGACCAUCAUCUGAAGAAAGUGGUGCUUGUAGGAUACAAAGGGCGAAAGCGUGAGCUGCAGCUUGCAAUAUUUCUUAUUUCCAGUGCAAGAGUACUAGAGGUGAUGAAAUUUUUGUGUGAAAAUGACUGCAACUCGACAUGGUUGACAAGCCAAAAAAGGCGUCUACGUUUGGAGAAUAGAGCAUCUUUAGGAGCACAAAUUAGUUUUGAGAAACAUAGGAAUAGCUUUGUUAGGUUUUCAAAGCAUGCCAGCAACAUAUCUGUAGUUGAUCCCUUUGAUAUUCAAACCUGACUAGUGAUUUUGGCAUCAGUUGAUUGACAUGUUUAAUGGUAUCUUCUCGGAGACACAUGGUUGAUUAAUAGCAUCACUUGAUUUGCCACCUUCCCUUCCAUAGUAAAAAUGUUGUAGUGUCCAAUUCUCCGAAGGUCACAGAUCAUGAUGUGCCUGUUAUGUCGGGAUAUCACUACCAUUUUGGAGGACCACCAUACCUGUAGCCAACCAUAACCAUGGAGAGCAAGGAGGUUCGCCCCUGAACAACCAUUGGCUGUUUUGCAGUUAUCCUUAGGUUUCCUUUGUUAGAGUUGUAUUCAGGUAGUAAGGCGUAUCUUAUCCUGUGACAUUCUAUGCCAAACUGUUAGGAGCCCUCCUAUUUGAGGCAUAUGGCUGAUUGUAUUUUGAUGAAUCUAUACUAUCCCUUUUUCUAUCCUCCUGCUGUCAUCACCAAUUCUAGCGUGAGCUGUUCCUUGGCGCCAUGUCUUGGAAAUAGAAGAUUGCAGGCCAGAGAAGGGCAAUGCACCUCCCUUAGUUAUAGUUCACUUCUAAAUCCCUAGGACUGACCAUUUAGAGACACAGGGAGUUGAUUAGGAGUUUAUUGAACCACUGGGCACUGUUCUUUAUAGAUCUAUAUGUGAUAAAAAUAGAAAUAUAGGAUUAUGGAUAUAGGGCUUUGUGAACUGAUUUCUUGCAUUUCGCUACAAUUAUGGAUACAGCGUUGUUUCUUGCA